ACAUAACAAAGGAGAUUGUGUAAACAUUCGUUACGCUCAAACUAUACUUACAUACACUCUUCAAUUCAUCUUCUUCCAUACGGAGAGGAGAGGGGGGAGAGAGAGAGAUAUAGAGAAAGAGAGGAAGGGAAGAGAGAUAGAGAGAGGGGAAAGGGAGAGGAGAGAUAGAGAUAUACAGAGAGAUAGAGAGGGAGAGGGAGAGGGAGAGAGGGAAGUAAGAGAGAGACCAUGGAACCUAAGAAACCUCCAUCAUCAAAACCAACUCAACGAGAUUUCUUGACCCAUCUGGAAGCGUAUCUCGCCAAACGAGACGGCGUUGACAAGCUCCUCAAAAUCUCACGAUACGCCACCAAAGUGAUCCUCUCCUCGUCUUCCCUCCCAUUAAGCUCAACCCAGAAAACCCACCUCAAAUCCUUCGAAUCCAGCGUGGGUCUGAGUCGAAAAGCCUUCCGACUCGGCAAAUUCAUCCAAGAUGUCAACUCUCUGCGCAACUCAGUCCCCGAGUCAAACCAAGACUUGUUUUUGACUCUUCUUGCUUAUGGAGGUGAAGGGGUGUAUUAUUUCAUCGAGCAGUAUGUUUGGUUGGUGAAAUCAGGGCUAAUUGAUGGAAAAAAUUUGAUCUUCUUGCAAAAGAUUAGUGCUUGGGCUGAGUUUCUUGGGUAUUUCGGGAGUGUUGGGCUGAAAAUUAGGGAGUUGAGGAGGAUUAGGGAUGAGGAGAGUUGUUUGGUUUCAAGUAUUCGGAUUGCGGAUUUGAGAGAGAUUAGUGUUGCUGAUGAUCGGGAGAGAUUGAGGAAAUUGAGGGAGAAGAAGUUGUUGAAGAGGCUUUCUGUUGUGCAAGAUUUGGCUGAUGGAUUAAUGGCAUUGGCUGAUAUAAGAGAUGGGAAAGGGAGGUUUACGGGUCCGUUGGUGUUGUCGUCUGCUGGGCUAUUGUCUGCUGUUAUUAGUACUCAUAAGAAUUGGUUGUCUUGCUGAUGGAGGUCGAAUGUUUGGUCAGAUUGUACUCUUCAUGUCUAGGAUCAGUGGAUUGUAACCGACUCCAGCUUUCUAACAGGCACUGCCUCAGACUGUUUGCAGAUUCUCAUGUCCUGCUCAAAUUGUUCAUUGUUUUCUGCUUUGUUGAAAAGAAACAUCUCUGUCUGCCAUGAGAGCCCAGCUUAAUAGAACCCUCAUGUAUUGUAGUUACUAUAUUAGCAUAUUGUAGGAAGUACUCUUCGAGACCUUCCGGGGAUCCUCAAGGGCAUGAACAAAGAAUAUGAUCCGCCCCCAUCUAAAUCCCUAAUCCACAUUCUUAUAAUUUUCUGCA